AUGGCAUAUGCCAAUUCGCCAUAUCCACCGAUCAAAGGUUACUCCAUUGGUCCUGACAUUGCGGAGGGUGGAUUCUCCAAGGUGUACAAGGCCUUCAAUCCGGACAAACCACCCCCGUGCAUAGCGGCAGUCAAAGUCAUCUCCUUGGUCAACGCUUCAUCUGGACCCACGUUGGACGAACAAUCCUACAAGAGAAUCAAGAAGGAAAUCAAGGUUCACACAGCCUUGAAACACUCAAAUAUCUUGGAAUUAAUCGAUAGUGUGGAGGAUCAGGAGGGUAUUCCUAGUCGGAAGAUCCCUCCUGCUUUCUAUAUCAUCCUGGAUUAUGCCGUCGGUGGUGAUCUGUUUGAUCAACUGGUUCCGGAUGUUGGUCUUUGUAAUGACGAUGAAGUGAUCCAUUUUUACUUUAGACAAUUAAUGUCAGGUCUGCACUUCUGUCACUCCAAGGGCGUAGUUCAUCGAGACUUGAAGCCAGAGAAUAUCCUGUUAGAUGGACGAGGAAACCUUUUGAUAUCUGAUUUUGGUCUAUGUUCGGUCUACAAACACAACGGGAAAGAAAGGAUGUUAAGCGAGGUAUGCGGUAGUGCGCCCUACGCCGCACCAGAAUUGGCCCUUGGGAGACCUUACCACGGACCCGCCAUCGAUCUGUGGUCUUCUGGUAUCAUACUCUAUGUGCUUCUUGUCGGCAAUACCCCAUGGGAUAAUCCGACGAUGGAGAGUCCCGAGUUUGUAUCUUAUGUCAAUGGCGUUAUUUGGAGCAUGGAUCCUUGGUGUCGGAUAAACCCUGAACUAAAAGCUCUUUUACAAGAAUUGAUGAACAUCGAUCCAGAAUUGAGAAUCACAUUACCCCAGUUGGUCAAAAACCCUUGGUUCAGAAUGAAAAAUCCCUUGAUGAACGCCGAAGGACUUGCGAAGUCCGGUGCGAACUUAGCCGUCAGACUAGCCAAACAACGAGGCGAACUUGAAGGCAGACAUGAGGAAGAUGAAGUCCGGAAAUUAGCUUCGGAAUUGGUAAAUACGCCGGCUAUCGAGAUUUCGCUAGAUGGAGGAGAGAGCUCCAAUGUUCCAUUGUCUCAAGAAGUUGCUCAAUCUCAACUGGGCACUCGAUUCAAAAACGAUUUGAAUAUGAACCCUACCCAGCCGUUCUCUUGCACUGUGCGGCUAUUUACUGCAGACCCUGUCUUAGCCUCUCAAAAAAUGCAGCACGCGAAUUUAUCGACGAUGUUCAUUUCGGAGUCAGCGAUCGAAGAUCUGAUCGAAGCCUUCACCCAAGCAUUAGACACACUGGGCGUGAAGCAUCUCGUGAAGCCAUUAAACCCGCCGACGGAUGCCGAAAGUGAUCACACCUCUGGGGUCAAGAUCACCGUCUCAUUUAUCGACAAUCGGAAGCAGAAGCUGAUGGGCUCCUUGAGGAUCGAGCCGAUCGUCCCGAUCGAUGGUGCCCGACAAAACAUGCCCGGCGACGGGAUGGAUGUUGAUGAGGAGGCGGAGCCCGAAAAUUCUCCUCAAUGGGGCGUCGUCUUUAAACGUAGAAAAGGCGACGUCCUCCAGUGGAAAAAGAAGUAUGAGGAGCUCGUUCGCUUGCUCCCCUCUGGUCUCAUGGUCUCUAGCUCAUCCUAAAAUAAAUCAAUUGAUGUGUUGGUUCUCUGCGUACCUGUCAAGUAACGACUGCUCUUUUAAUGUGUAAUGCCAAACGGAAAGUGGGCGGAUGGAAUGUGAGGCCCAGAUGUCUGUAAAACAAACUUAUUGUACAUAUUUUAUUUAAUUGGCUCAUCAAGGUCCAUUCCAAUGCUUGCAACACAAGAUGAUUAGGGCAACAGAGCCAAAAGGUGUCUCAUA